AUGGUGGAUUUCUGGUUGGACACCUGGUGCGAGCAGGGACCUCUCCAUUCAUUGGUGGCAGCAGAUACGGCCCGUCCCCAUUUCUUGGUGGCAGAGUUUUUGGACCGGGAGGGGUGGAACAAGGAGCGCCUCCUGCAGUGGCUUCCGGAGCACCUGGUGGAGAAGGUAGUUGACGUACCCUUCGACCUGGAGGGUCAGGAUCAAAUCUUGUGGUCUCCCUCGUCGUCGUCGGGGUUCUUGCUAAGCUCGGCUUGGGAGAGGUGUCGCAAAAGACGAGGUAGGUCAUUAUUACACGGGAUGGUUUGGAAUAGGGGCGUGUUGUUGAAGAUGUCUAUGUUCGCAUGGCGUCUGUUAAGAAACUAUGUACCGGUGGAUUCGGUUAUUCGUCAGAGAGGGGUACCUGUGGUGUCCCGAUGCUCUUGUUGUCUGCAAGAAGAAGAAUCGGUGCUCCACCUCUUUGCCAAUGGACCCGUGGCAACGGAAGUUGGGGGGCACUUUGGGAGCAGGUUUGGGGUCGGGCGUCGCCCAAUUGAGGGGCUGGAGAGUCUUUGGAAGAAAUGGGCUGCAUCUCUCCCACGGUUGCCGGCUCAUCAUAUCAGAUGUAUCCUUCCGGUGCUGAUAUGGUGGUUCCUUUGGAAGGGACGUAAUAAGGCGCGGUUUGAAGGUCAGCUAUUCUCAGCGCAGCGGAUAAGAUGGGAGGUGGACGGCUGCAUACAGGAUAUGGGACGUGCGGGGAGGCUGAUGAAGGAGCAGUUUUAUGGUGACCUGGACGACCCUUGGGCACGGCUGGCUCGGCCGGCCAACCGUCAACGACGGCCAAUAGUGGUAUCCUGGAGCAGGCCUCCACCCCGUCAGAGCAAAUUAAACACUGACGCCAGCGUGGUCAAUGGCAGGGCGGCUGGAGGAGGAGUUUUGCGCGACUCUGAUGGCAGGCUCAUUUUUGCGUUUUACAAGGAGUUUGGGGAGAAGGGGGUACUGGAGGCCGAGGCGAUGGCACUACAGGAAGGUUUGCGGGAGUGUGUGACAAGGGGAGCUCAGGGGGUGUUGGUGGAAGUAGACUCGGCGGUUCUGGUAUCUCUGGUCAAUUCGUCGGUGCUGGGAGGGUGGGCGCAUUGCAAUCUGUUGCGUCGGGUUCGCCCUUUACUGGGGCAGGUGGCUGGGACAGUUAUACACAUUUUCAGAGAAGCAAACAUGGUGGCAGACAGGUUAGCAGCCAUGCAAGGAUGUCCAGAUAUGAUUUUUGAGUCAGUUCGGCAGUUGCCGAGGGAGGUUCGAGGGUGCCUAGCCUUGGAUGCUAGGGAAUUCCCGUCCAUUAGAUUAGUACCCGGGUAG